GCUCAGUUACAGAGCUUUCAUGGCGUUUUCUGUUAUCUUAGCUGUUUGAAGAUUACAAAAGCACUUUUUAUAAGUAUUCUGGAGUUUCUUUGGGUUUGCACUUUCUUUUCUUUUUCUUCAUGGUGGGGUCUUGUCACUUUGGAAGACAGCCUAAUCUAAACAGGCUGGAGAUAGCUAUUUGAGUUGCCAGAAAAGAAGCUACAACUGACGUUUCUCACACCCAGCAUUUGAAUCUGGACUGGGGUUUUCUUUAUUUUCCAGCUUAAAUCAUCAUUACAGAGGUCAGUUCGUUCACCCCUCCAAAAUAGUUAUCUUUACCUCAUUUUGUUAUCAUAUACAAAAGGAAAGUGUAAGUUUUUUUUCUACAUUUAGUUAGUUUGCUUCUCUUUGAACUUUAGUAGUGAAGUGAACUCAUUUUAUAUCUGUUCCAUUAUGUAUACUUCAGAUAAUAAAAAUGGUACGUAGAAAUUAAGAUUAUUGAUUUUAACUGGGUUUGGAUUCUAGAAGACUUUGAUUGUACUAGUUAUUGGAGAUCUGGGUUUUUUUUUCUGGAAAUUUGGGUUCUGGAUUUUGAGGAUGAUGGAGGUGAAACCAGUAUGGGUGUCAGUGGUGUUUGUUGUGUUUUUGCUUCAUUGCUCAAAAGCUGAAUUUGAUCCUGUUGAUAACUACUUGAUUGCAUGUGGGUCUUCACAAAAUAUAUCUGUUCAAGGUAGGAUUUUUGUUCCCGACUCGAAACAGUCAUCAUUUGUGUUAAAAACUCAAGGUAAUUCAAUUACUUCUACUUCUAAAUCUAGUGUUCCAUCUCCAAUAUACCAAUCUGUUCGGCUUUUCUACGGUCCGUCUUCGUACAGCUUUAAAAUCCAGCAGAAGGGACGGCAUUGGAUCCGUCUCUAUUUCAAUCCUCGUGCCGAUUCUAGCCAUGAUCUUCAAUCCUCAGCAAUUACAGUAGUCACGGAUGAUUAUGUGCUUUUGAACAGCUUUAGCUUCAAGAACUACAAUGGUUCUGUUCUAUUUAAGGAGUAUUCAGUCAAUGUAACAUCUGAUUCUUUGACAAUUACCUUUAUUCCGUCUAAUAACUCGGUUGCUUUCGUGAGCGGAAUCGAAGUCGUUUCCGUCCCAGACAAGUUGAUUCCUGAUCAAGCAUUGGCUGUAGCCCCUUCACGCCCAUUUAAUGGUCUCUCAAGUCUUGCUUUUGAAACCGUAUAUAGGUUAAACAUGGGAGGUCCUCUUGUCACCCCUCAGAAUGACACCCUCGGUAGAACUUGGGAGAAUGAUGAAAAGUACCUCCAUGUGAAUAGCUCUGCUGUGAACUUUUCGGUUAGUCCUGCAACCAUUAAAUAUCCUGCGACUCUCACACCAGAAACUGCACCAAAUUGGGUUUAUGCAACUGCUGAAACCAUGGGUGAUGCGAAUGUUUCUAAUUUGGACUUCAAUAUGACAUGGGUUUUCCCUGUGGAUCCAAGCUUUACAUAUUUUGUGCGGUUACAUUUCUGCGAUAUUGUGAGUCAGUCUAUGAAUAGCCUUGUGUUCAAUCUUUUUGUCAACACUGAUAUUGCUUUUGGGAGUUUGGAUUUGUCAUCAAUAACUGGUGGAAUCGAUAUACCGUACUACAAGGAUUUCGUCUCUAACUCCUCGGAUGAUGCAGAUACUUUAACAGUUAGUGUUGGUCCAGAUACUGUGGCCGAAGUCUCUAAUGCAAUUAUAAAUGGCCUGGAGAUGAUGAAGAUAAGCAAUGAUGCUGGUAGUUUGCAUGGGUUUUAUCCGGUUGGGCACCUUCUUCCUAAAUCUUCACAAAAGAAGAAGAUGUGGAUCAUAGUUGGGUCAGUUGUGGGAAUUUUUGGUGCUUUGGCAAUGAUUGUUUUAUGUUAUUGUUGCAUAGUAUCUCGCAGAUCAAAAACUCCUCACCAGGGUCAUCCAUGGUUAACACUGCCCCUGUAUGGCAAUUCACAAACCAUGACUAAAGGCUCCACGGUAUCUCAUAAGAGUGGAACUGCUAGCUGCAUUUCUUUGGCCUCGUCAAAUCUCGGUCGUUUCUUCAUGUUUCAGGAAAUUAUUGAAGCAACAAAUAAGUUCGAUGAAAAUUUGCUUCUGGGGGUUGGAGGAUUCGGCAGGGUUUACAAGGGUACACUAGAAGAUGGUUCGUACGUUGCAGUAAAAAGAGGUAACCCACGAUCUGAGCAAGGUAUAGCUGAGUUUCGAACUGAGAUCGAGAUGUUAUCUAAACUCCGCCAUAGACAUCUUGUCUCUCUUAUUGGCUACUGUGAUGAGCGGUCGGAAAUGAUCCUUGUGUAUGAGUACAUGGCAAAUGGGCCACUCAGAAGCCAUCUUUAUGGGACUGAUCUUCCAUCUCUUUCAUGGAAGCAGAGGCUUGAGGUUUGUAUCGGAGCUGCAAGAGGACUUCAUUAUCUUCACACUGGAGCAACUCAGAGCAUCAUUCAUCGAGAUGUGAAAACUACCAACAUUCUCCUGGACGAGAAUUUAGUAGCAAAAGUUGCAGAUUUUGGUCUAUCAAAGACUGGUCCAGCUCUGGAUCAAACCCAUGUCAGCACAGCAGUUAAGGGUAGUUUUGGUUACCUUGACCCUGAGUACUUCAGGAGACAACAGUUGACAGAGAAAUCAGAUGUUUACUCAUUUGGAGUUGUUUUGAUGGAAGUUCUGUGUACGAGACCGGCAUUGAAUCCCGUUCUUCCAAGGGAGCAGGUUAAUAUUGCUGAAUGGGCAAUGCUUUGGCAGAAGAAAGGAAUGUUGGAUCAGAUUAUGGAUCCCAAAUUGACAGGGAAAGUAAAUCCGGCAUCUCUCAAGAAAUUUGGAGAAACAGCCGAGAAUUGUUUGGCGGAAUACGGUGUGGAUCGGCCGACAAUGGGAGACGUUUUAUGGAAUCUUGAAUACGCUCUACAGCUUGAGGAAACCUCAUCUGCACUCUCAGAACCAGACGAUAACAGCACAAACCAUAUCUUAGGAAUUCAAUUACAACCCAUUGCACCAUUCGACAACAGUGUAAGCAUGAUUGAUGGGGUGACUUCAGGAACAGAUGAUGAUGCUGAAGAUGUCGCCACCAGUGCAGUGUUUUCACAGUUGGUCAACCCACGUGGGAGAUAGGAAAGAAACAAACUCUCACAGGUAACCCAAAAGUUGAUAAAAAUUCAAACAAAUAUAUUCAGCAGGCAUUUGCUGAAGAAUGACUCUUGAGAAAAAUAUUUCUCAUUCGGCCAUUUUAAUCUCGAAUUGUUUUCUACCGAUAAUUAUGUUUCGGUUUGUAAUAUAAGUCCAUUGAUUGAGGUGGAGAAAUGAAACUCAACAGCUGUGGAUUGUUUUAGUCAUGAUGUGAGCUAAGACAGGUUAAAUGUUUGUCGUGUGAUCUUUCUCCAUUUCCUAGAUAUGUAAUGUUUUAGUUAUAUGUUGUUUUGUUCACAAAAUGAUACAAGAAAAAAUGAAGUAAACAGCUUACUGCUCAUA